ACACUCAUACGCGCGCGCAUGUUGCGUCUCUGUGCGCAUAAUGAUUCAUCAACCACCGUUUGCUCAUAAGACCGUGAUUUCGGGUCCGAUGAGUUCAUAUUCGGAGCUGAGUGUGUUGUCGUGGGCCCUCAGAUGCCCCCACCCCCACCGCCACCGCCACCUCCCUCAUCCCACGUCUCGACGGACCAAACGCUGCUGCAGCGGCAUCACCGGCAGCCUCCAAACUGCGUUUUCCCUGCCGUGAUGGAUCCGUGUGUGCGCGCCGGUGAGGUGCUAUCAGAGGACCGCUGAACUGUGUGGAGGAGAGCCGAGGAGCGAGGACCGCAGCGAGACUGUGCCAUACAUCCAAAGGGAUAGAAAGACAAACAUUAAAAGGCUGUUUCUGGCAAUGUUGUAGGACCGUGUUGUUUACCUUCAGACAAACAGCCUGUGACAGUGAUAUUACGGCCGACAUGUAAGAGCUGGAUAACUAUUCCCGUGUGAACGACACCCAUCCGCAGCUGAUUACAAUAACAUGAAAAAGGAUGAGCCCUUCAGGUCAGUAGACCCAUUCUGAUUGGAGACAUGUUCUAAGGUCGACCUCUCAGCCGCCAUGAAAGGGUUAGGAGCCAACCGCAGCCGUCACCUGUCCGACUCAUGUGAACCAGCAGGCUGCACCCAGAAGCCUCUCUGUCCCUUAACCUCGGACCCUCACAGCUCCUUCCUGUUGAGCCCAACCAUCAAUCACUAUGGCACCCUGGACCCCCAUCUCCACCAGUACCCUCCCACCAGCCCCACCUCCCUGACCCCAGACUGCCUGCUGCCUUUCAGCCAAAUCUCCAGCAGCAGCACCUUCCCUCGUCUGCACUACACCUCCCAGGCUGAUCAGGCGGACUGCUCCCAGGCAUGUAUGGCAGGUGGUGUUGGUGGAGUCGGACAGGGCGGCAGAGCGAACGCACUGUCCACCUCCUUGUCUAUGGGUAUGGGCUUGGGUUUGGGCCUUACUGGAGCGCCCAUGAUCACCAGCGGAUCAGCCACCAUCUCCUCUGCAGCAGCCGCCAAGAUGAACCGGCUACCCGCCAACAUCCUGGAUCAGCUGGAGAGGCACCUUCCCCUGCAGCGAGACGGUUUCAGCACGCUGCAGUUUCACAGGGGACGUAUGUCCAAACAACGCAGCGAGAGUCCAGGACGCAUUCGCCACCUGAUGCACUCUGUUCAGAAGCUAUUCGCAAAGUCCCAGUCUCUGGAAAACUCUGCGAUCAAAGGCAGCUUAAACGGGCGUACUGCAGGAGCAAUCACAGGAGGAGGUGAGGACGGAGGAAGACCAACGCGUAGGAGUAAGAGUAAAGAUAGGGCUAAAACUGAGGGACCAAAGCAGAGACCCAGGCCAAAUGCACUAGGCCUGUGGGGCUCAGACGACGCCCUAGACACUGACAUCACCAAAGCUGGCACUAUUGCUGUCGGUUACCGCAACCCGCUGACCAUGAUGACUCUGGGCAGAGCGGUGUCGGACAGCCAGGCCAGACACAUCCCACAGGGCUACCACACCAUUUCUGCACACACUCUCAAGACCUCGAAAAGCAGCAGUGACCUCAAGUUUCUGGCGGUGUGCCCAGCUACGCAGGGAGGAUGCAAGGACGAGGAGGGAAGGAGCAGAGGUAGCAAGGAUGACACGCUGGUGAAGAGGGGCUCCUGGUCCACUCUCACCCUCAGCCAGGCCAGGCAAGUGUUGCAGAAGGGCUCUGCUACGGUCAACAGGACGCUGCUUAAAUCAAAGUCAUGCCAUCAAGAUUUGGGGCAACAGUUUCUUCAGGUCCCAGGGGAAAGAGCAGCAACUCUGGGUCGUGGCCGGGCCAAAGGAACAGAAAUCCCCUGCCGGAGGAUGCGCAGCGGUAGCUAUGUGAAAGCCAUGGGAGACCUAGAAGACAGCGAGGACUCAGAGGGAAGCCCCAAACCUUCCCCCAAGUCUGCCGCCCGCCGCCACAGCUACCUGAAAGCUACCCAGCACUCCCUGAGUGAGCAGCAGCCACCUCCUCCUCCUCGCAACUCCCUGCCGUCCCUGAAAGAGCUGUCGACAAACCGCAGCCUCGAUAACUUGGACUGUCUGGUGAGCCCGCUGGAGGCCCCGCCGCGCCACAGGAACAAUGAUUACAGCCAAUGUGCCAGCACACUGGGCAGAGUCUCGGGCACUCCGCGUGUGAGUAUGCACACGUUCUUUCAGGUAUGCGGGCAGGGCUUUGGGCACGCAGUACCUUACUGUGAGGGGGAAUCGCAGGCAGUGGAGGCUCUGGAUCUGCCUGCGCCUACGUGCUUCCGGUCACGCAGCCACAGCUACCUGCGGGCCAUCCAGGCUGGCUGCUCCCAGGAUGAAGAUACAGCCUCUGUGGACUCAGACUCACCAACCCCAACCAUAACAGGAUACAGCUCCAAAACACAAGUCAGCAAUAGGAGAGCUCCGCCUCCUGUCCCACCCCGCACCACAUCCAAACCUCUCAUCUCAGUGACGCUGCAGAGCAGCACAGAGUCGGCCCAAGACAUAUACCUUGACCAGCAGGACCGGGGCAGCGAGGCUAACAGCCAAUCAGGACGAAGCAACUCCUCUGACAGUCUCUGUAGCAUCCGCACGGGCAGUCUGGCUAGGGUGCCCAGGCCUCUACCAGUCCCUAUCCCUGUCCCUGUUGUAACCCCUGCACCUGCUGCAGCCACUGUACCUCCUGUUCCAGCCCCUCGUGACCUCCACUCCACCACGCCCACCCCAACCACCACAACUAUCUCCGCUAGCACUAUUUCUACAUCAUCCCAGCCCCAACAUGACACCCUGAGCUUUGGUGCCACCCUAGAGCAGCCCCCUACUGCACCCAGGAGGAAACUGUCCUCUAUUGGAAUUCAGGUGGAUUGCAUUUUGCCAGUCUUAAGAGAGGAACCACUACCACUGACUGUACCCCUCAAGUUUCAGUCUAUUGGAGUUCAAGUGGAGAACGGCAGGCCUCUCAGCCGGGACAGCAGCAUGGCCUCCAGACAAAACACAGAGGCCGAGCCUCAGGAGCCCCAGGAUGCCGCACCCACAGAAAACAACACAGCCAACUGCACCAACAGUAAAACAGAGAAUACCAGCGCGCCCAGCAGACAGGAUAAAGCCAUGGAACAGCAGCUCCUUAAGCAGAGCUCAGUCUCAUCCAGGAUACCGACAUCGCCCCCGGAGACUCUGGACCCGGCUUUAGACCCCUCCUCGCUGCCACCGCCUGAUCCCAGCCUGGAGACCGGAAACUAUGGUGAUGCUGUCCAGUCCAGCACGCCAGCUUGCCCCAGAGAUGGGAACUGGUUUCUGAAGCUGCUGCAGGCGGAAACAGGCCGCAUGGAGGGCUGGUGUCAACAGAUGGAGCAGGAGACCAAAGACAACAAGCUGUCAGAGGAGGUUUUGGGGACGAUCCGCACUGCAGUGGGCAGCGCUCAGCUCCUCAUAGCUCAAAAGUUUGAGCAGUUCAGAGGACUCUGUAAUGAGAACUUGAACUUGAAUGCUAACCCAAGGCCGACGGCGCAGGACCUGGCGGGGUUCUGGGAUCUGCUGCAGCUUACAAUAGGAGACAUCAGCAUGAAGUUUGAUGAGCUCUACCAGCUAAAAGCAAACAACUGGCAGCUUCCCGAGAAACCAGAGAAGAAGGAGGAAAACAAGCAGCUUCCAUCAUCUGUGCCAAAGAAGCAGUCCAAACCCAAGCUGUCGGCAGGGAAGGACAGGAGCGUGGACUCAGCUGUGGACAAGCAGCGGCAAGAAGCCAGGAAACGGCUGAUGGCGGCAAAGCGUGCGGCGUCAGUACGACAGAACUCUGCCACAGAAAGCGCAGACAGCAUUGAAAUUUACGUCCCCGAGGCCCAGACCCGCCUCUGAGAGCGAACCAGCACUGAUCAUCGAGCAAAAACCCUGACUCACUUCAGACGUUCAUUGACACAAACACACAAACAAAUCUGAGACAAACACACAGAUGUACUACGGAUGCACAGAGGCCUGAUCCCUGAUGAUGGGAGGGGAUCACAAGGCACAGAAAAACAACCCAAAAUAAUGCAGAUCAUCACCCUGCUGCCAUGGGACUGAAAUAAUCUUGACAGAUGUUUAAAACUAUUGUUAUUGUUAUUAUUGACAUUAUAAUAAUUAUUAUCUCCUAAAGUAUAUCAGGACUGUCUUAAAUGUGCAAGUAUCUUGGAGUAAGGACAUCCUGUACCUUGUGAGCUGAAGAAAUCUUAUCCCAGAAGUUUACUCUCAAAAAAAACCCUUCACUGCUGAGUCUACCGGCACGUCACGGCUGCCUGGUUUACGAGCUGAGCUACCAUCCACACACACUCAGGACACACACAUGCAGGUGUACUCAUUGUCAACAGAGUCUUCCUGUUCUCUAUUUGUAUUAGGCUGCCACUCGUCGGGUGUGGUGUGUACGCUUUACUGUGUAAGAAAAAUUUAAGGCAAUGUUAAUGUACUCAGAGGUUUAAAAAUGCAGAGAACCAGAGGAAGGCAGUAGCAUAUAUAUUCUAAAGUAUCACACUAUUACAAUGUUCAUUUUGUAAAUGUUGUAUACCAGAUUAUUUGUUAGAAAGAGGUCAGUGUUCAGUACCAAGGUAGUUUUUUAUAGAUCGAGUACAUGUGCUGUCAUGAUAUAUUAGCACUUGAUGCAAUCACUCACUCCGCCUCUCUCUCUCUCUCUCCUCUCUUCUCUCACAAACGCACACUACACAGUCUGUGUCUGUGAAUAUUCCCCAUCGUUAAAGUCUUACAUUUGUUUGUUUUUGUGAAGGGAUGCGAGGGAAUGACUUCCCAGCCAGUGAGCUACAGAGGAAUGUAUGAAACGUUAAUGCAUUGACGGAUCAUGUCGACUUGAUCGCUGCACUUUUCCACUCACCUCAGAUCAAGUUUGCCCCCCCCCCCCCCCCCUUAUUUUGUUUGACUCAUCAUUCUGACUUUCACUGCAUCCUCAUGUGAUGUAGGGGACCAAGACACUCACCACUUGAUCUAGCAUUCCCAUUCAACCAGACUAUGUGUGAUAGGGUGGGGGUUUGCUUGCUUCUGGAAUGGAAAUGGAAUAGCAUAGCAAUAAUGAAGUCGUAUCAGUGCAAGCAAUGCAGUAGGCACCCAGUCUUAGAUUAUUUACGUCAACAUUUCCAAUAAGACUUUCCUUUCUUGAAGGACGAAUGUUUUUAAUGAACUGACUAAAGAAUCUCAGGUUGAACCAUUAAAAGUGAACAGUAAAAACCACUAUGGAGGGAUUAUUUAUUAUAUAACAACAUAUGAAUCGGCCAAAUGCUCAGAAUCAAUGCCAGAUAUCUCAAUUCCAGACCUACUCAGUGUUCUAAAAUAAGAGAAACGUUUGGCAAGGUUUGAAUCAGAGUGGACCAGGCUUAAUAUGACUGCUAAAAUCAGCAGUUUGCUUCACUCCCCCUUCUAGCAGCUUGAACUCCCACCCCCGUUUGUUGAGAAUGAAAAACUGUGGUACAUUUUUUUAUUUAAUUUUUUUUUUGUCUUUCAUCCAAAACUAGGUCAAGCUUGACUUCUGUAAUUAUAAUAAUUAAUGGUGCUGCGUGGGACUUCACAUUGUGCCAAGACAGCAAUGAUCAUCAACAUUUCAGUGUCACUGAUGCAGCUUUUAUUUAAAGUGACUUUUUAUUUAACCUGCUCAUGAAUUCAGCUGUCUGUGUUCGCGCAUUCUCAGCAAUGUUUGUUUGGUUUUUGCAUCAGCUCACUCCAGAUACACUAUGCCCGGUCGCAGUCUAAACUCAUGACACCCUGAUAAUGGAGCUGGUGUUUCUCAUGUCACAGUUUUUCAAAUGGAAACACAAGUGCCAAGGACACAUGAGAGAAACUGGGCAUAGCUGAUACUCAUGCACAAAUGUAGGUUCACCCACUUCUUUUGUUUCUUUGUAAGAGCUGGCUCUCCCCCUACUGGUCAGUCCUUGCGUGACACUCCAGACAUCUUUUUCUGCUCCAUUUUGAGUCUCCAGUUAACAUUAAACUAGAAAUAAAGUUGAACUGGGAAUGCUGACACAACACCAAGUUGUUGAUUUUCUUAUUCUCUCUUAUUUGUAUUGCAUCAACUAUGGACAUGUGCAUUUCAUUGUCCAAAGAAAUCAUUAAACAUCCCUUUGCUACA